AUGAGAUUUGAGGAGCUCCUUGAGGAAGUGGAUGGAUUUGGGAAAUACCAGGUUUUGAUGUUGUUCAUGCUUUGUGUUCCCAGAUUGAUCAUUCCUAUGCACUUCUUGCUCCACAAUUUCAUUUCUGCUUCUCCAUCUCACCAUUGUGCCAUUCCUGCCCUCCCUGGCAUCUCAAACAUCAGCCAGGAUGAAGUUGUCCAUGGUAGCCUCCCAAGAGAGCAGGAUGGAAUGCUGAGUCCCUGUAAGAUGUUUUCCUGGCCACACUUUCAUUUGAGGGGAAAUUCUUCUGGGGACAUGGGCAAUGCUUCAUCUAUCCAGAACUGCCAGAACGGAUGGGUCUAUGAUCACUCUCAGUUUGCAUCGACCACAGCUACCGAGUGGGACCUGGUGUGUGAGAAGAAAAGCUUGAAUCAAGUGAUUGCUACUUUCUUCUUCCUUGGUGUUACCAUUGGGUCUGUCCUUUUUGGCUACUUGUCUGACAGAUUUGGCCGACGGAUGAUCCUUCUGGCCUCUUUCUUUGUUGCACUGUUCUUUGGGACUAUGGCUGCUUUGUCAGUGUCCUAUGUGAUGUUCGUCAUCAUGAGGACACUUUGUGGGGUGGGGAUUGCAGGCGUAUCCAUCAUCUCCUUGAUAUUAGGUGUGGAAUGGAUUGACGUCAAACACCGGACUUUCUGUGGCACCAUCAGCAGCAUAUCCUGGUCUUUAGGGUAUACACUCUUGGCACUCAUGGCUUAUCUCAUCCGGACCUGGCGCUGGCUCCUCCUUGCGGUCAAUUCUCUUUGUCUCCUCGGCAUUAUUGUCUGCUGGUGGCUCCCAGAAUCUGCCCGGUGGCUGCUGACAAAGAAGGAGGUAAAAGCUGCACAUGAUUAUCUUUCCAGAUGUGCCAAAGUCAAUGGCAAAACAGACUUCCAUUCCAGGGUCUCUCCAGAGGUCCUGCAGAAAGUUGUGUCCGUAGAGGAGUCAAGGGCCUAUUUCUACUGGCAUUUGGUGAAGUCCCCCAAGAUGCGGAAGAUCACUAUUUGUUCCUCCAUAGUAUGGUUCGGCGUCGCAUUUACCUAUUACGGCCUCAGUUUAAAUAUCAGUGGAUUUAGCUUGGAUCCAUACCUGACACAUUUUAUGUUUGGGGCUAUUGAGAUUCCUGCCAAACUUGGCGUCUAUUUUGUCCUGGAUCAUAUUGGCCGUAGACAUUGCCAGGCGUGGUCCCUGAUUGCCGCUGGAUCCCUCAUUGCACUGAACGCAGCCAUCCCGGCAGCAUAUGGGCAUGUUCGGUCAGUGGUGGCCAUCCUGGGGAAGGGUUUCUCAGAAGCCUCGUUCACUACUGUCUUCCUGUACACAGCUGAACUUUACCCCACGGUACUCAGACAAAGCGGUAUGGGCUGCUGUUCUUUUGUGGCGCGGCUCGCCAGCUCCACAGCUCCUCUGAUCAUGUUAUUGGAUGACACCUGGAAAUACCUUCCACCCCUGAUAUUCAGCAUUGUGGCUGGAGUGUCAGGGAUGGUGGCCUUUCUUCUGACAGAGACUACCAAUGUCCAGUUGCCAGAGACUAUUGAAGAUAUAGAAGGGGACAGAAACAAGAACUGUAUCUGCACCCAAGACCAGGAGCCAAACGCAGAGGGAGUCAUUGCUCUGGGUCUGAUGAAUCAAAUGAGCACAGAUGCUUCUCUCUCACCGGAACAGGAAGCCAACAAUGACAAUGAUGCGAAACAACGGCAUCAAACCACAUUGUUAGCCAACGGCACAGGCCCUUCUGCAUGUUAG